AUGGCGGAAGAAGACACAGCUUGUGUCGGUGAAAAGGCUGAGGAAAACACUGAAGCAUGUGAUACUGAGCACUCAGUGAUGCAGCAGGAGAUUGACGAGGAAUCACAAAAGCAGCUCUCUGCAGACACGUACUACAAGUAUGAGGAUGUUUACUCCAGACCAUCCAUCACACCCGACUCUGAAAUCCCAGAGAACCUCCUGCACCUUUCUCAUUCCUUUGGAUACGACAGUGGGCGCAGGGCGAACCUGCAGGUGCUGGAUGACAGAACUCUGAUCUUCAUAGCAGGUAACCUGCUCGUCCUGCUGGACAUUUCCACCAAGGAGCAGAGAUACCUCCGCUCCUGCAGCGGAGGAGGAAUCGGCUCCAUCACGGUACACCCUAGCAAAGACUACUUUGUUUCAGCAGAGAAGGGAAACCAGCCCAACGUCAUUAUAUAUGAAUAUCCCUCGUUACGACCGUACCGCAUCCUCAGAGGUGGUACAGAGAAGGCGUACAGCUUUGUGGAUUUUAACCGUGACGGGAGCCUGCUGGCCAGUGUGGGCUGCGAGCCUGACUACAUGUUGACGCUGUGGAACUGGAGGCAGGAGGAGGUGAUGCUGAGCUGCAAGGCCGUUUCUCAGGAGGUCUACAGAGUCAGCUUCUCCCCAUACAACCCAGGACUGCUCACGUCAUCAGGAUCUGGACACAUCAAAUUUUGGAAAAUGGCUAGCACAUUCACUGGUCUUAAAUUGCAAGGACUUAUUGGAAAUUUUGGAAAAACCGCAGCGACUGAUAUCGAGGGCUACGUGGAGCUUCCUGAUGGAAAGGUGGUGUCCGGCACAGACUGGGGCAACUUGCUGCUGUGGGAUGGAAAUGCCAUUAAGGUGGAGAUUUGUCGAAAGGAGGGGCGGACCUGCCACGCCGGGAUGGUCCAGCCAUUUGCCCUUGAGGAUGGACAGCUGAUGACAAUUGGCUCUGAUGGAGUAGUCCAGGGCUGGGACUUUGAGAGCAUCGACUCUGCCGACAGUAGCAGCGACUGCAGCAGGUUUGAGAUUGAGCCCAUGAAUGAGAUGGUGGUCGGACACAACGUCUGCCUCUCCUCUGUGGUGAAGAGCUCCCUGCCUGACUCUUUCAUCUGGUUUGCUCAGGAUUCCAGCGGAGCCAUCUGGAAACUGGAUCUUUCCUUCACCUACACGACUCCUGAUCCAGAGUGCCUGUUUUCCUUCCACGCCGGAGCGAUCCAGGGCCUGGAUGUGUCGAAGAAAUCCCACCUGAUGGCCACGACCGCUCUGGACCGUUCAGUCCGAGUUUUUGAUUUCCUGGCGAAAACAGAGCUGACCACCAGCCGCUUCAAUCAGGGUGGAACUGCUCUCAGCUGGGCUCCACCUUUGGUGAACCAGGGUGGAGGUUUACUGGUGACGGGUUUUGAGGACGGGGUGGUCCGCUUACUGGAGCUGUACAACCCACAGAGGCUGAAUGUGGUCACCGGGCGCAGCCCCAAAGGAGAAGCAAAGCUGCGCCUCAAACAGGCCUUCAAACCCCAUAAUGCCCCUGUAACUGCUGUGGCAUAUGAGCGAAACGGAGACAUCUUAGCCACAGGAAGCUCAGACUGCACUGUGUUCUUCUUCAUUGUCGGGGAAAAAUACAACCCCAUCGGCUUUGUCCACGUUCCCGGGCCUGUGCAGGGGCUGGAGUGGUCACCUCAUUCCCAUAGUGAAAACAGGCUGCUCAUCCUGUGUCAGAGUGGUCACGUGACUGAGGUGCAGUGUCCUGACCCGGAGGCCCAGAAGCCAACUAAAACCUUCCAGCUGCCUGAGCUGUCCAGCAGAUCCUUCAGGUUCAGGAGCAUCAAAUCUCGAAUCAAGAGAGAAGAGGAAGUCGCAAGACGUCAAGCUGUAAAGGAGAAGAAGAGGAAAGAGAGAGAAAAGAGGUUGAAAGAAUCGAAGCAGCCAGAAGCAGAGCAAGAGGAAGAAGAAGAGGAGAAAGAGGAAGAGUUACCGCCUAUCUACAUCCCCGACCCUCCAAGUCCUCUCUACUGUGGCUUCUACUCACAGCCUGGCCAGUUCUGGCUCUCCAUGGGAGGCUUUGACUCAGGUUUCUUGUAUCACUGUAAGUUCUCUGAGAAGCAGGAUGAGGAUCCGGACCAACGGCAGGAUGAGCCCUUUGGCUUCCUGCCUGUUGACAACACAGAUGACGACCCUAUUUGCUCCGUCAACUUUAGCUCCAACAGACAGCUGAUGCUCUGCGGCAUGCACUCAGGUUCCAUCAGGGUUUACCUGCUGCAGCCCGGUGACCACAGCCUCACCUCCAUGCAGGCCUACUGGGCUCUCAGUGUUCACGACAACCAGUACGGGCAGCUGCGACACAUUCGCUGUAGCCAUGACGAACACUUUGUGCUGACCGCGGGAGAUGAUGGGAACAUCUUCUCCUUCAGCCUGCUUCCUCCAGAGGAGCUGCAGAAAGGGAUCCAGAGAAAGAGGGCCAAGGUUCCUUCACCGAGGGUGGGUCUUGAAAAUGAGGCAUUGGCUCAGGACAUUGAGGACCCAGCAGCUUACAGCAUAGAGACGGCUAAACAGAAGCUGGAGAAGGACCGUCUGCAACGGGAGGCUGAGCUGAAGAUCACAGAGAAGCGGAAGAAGAUGGCUCAGCUCCAGAAGAAGUUUAAAGAGGUGCUGGACAUAAACCAGAGUCUGCCGGAGCAUGUUCGCCUGAAACCUGAGGAGCUGCAGCUGGAUCAGCGUUUCAGUGAGGAGGCAGAAAGGGUGAAGUCCCAGCGGGUGAUGGAGGUCAGAAAGCAGCUGGCCUGGGAGGAGGAGCGUGCCCACAUAGCACUCAGCAAACUACAGGAGUGGUUCAAAGACUCUCUGGAGGACAAAGUGGUCACUGUGGUCGCCAUCUGCACCGACCACAAAGUCUCUACCUACCGUUUGCCAACGCUCACCAAGCCUUCAACCCAGCUCAGACAUCAGAGCAAACACAGCCAGCUUGACAGAGAUACUGCACCAGAACGCAGGAAAUCCAGAGCCGAGCCUGCAAAAGACAGCGGUAGCAUAGAGGAGGAGGAGGUGGUACGUCCUAAGGUGGCGCGUCCAGCAGGGAUUAAGCUGGGAGACCGGCAGGUCGAGAGGCUCAGAAAGGCUGCUGAGAAAGCUGAACAAGCUCGAGCCAAAAUAGAGAAAAGGAAGCAGGAAUGGGAUCAACUUUACGCAGAGAAGCCAGACGACAACUGUGAGGAUCCUCUGGACGUGCAGGCCAUCUGUAAAGCCAGAGAGAACAUCGGAGACUUAAAACUGAAGUCAGCCAAAGACUUCACGGUGCCCAAACACCUGAGGAUGAACACUGAGAGCAAGAGAGCACAGCUGAUUGGCCUGGAGGAAAAUAUCCGUGAGAAGCAGACUGAGAUGAAUGGACGUAUCGUGGCGUUGCGGGACUCAAAGGUUUGCCUGGUGUCUCAGUUGCGCGCUCAGGCUCAGCAGCUCCAAAAGGUCCAGCAGCGUCUGGCGGCCCAUCUCCAUCGCCCUCCACCCGCCCUCCCGACCAUGCUACCGGAGGAAACCCCGGAGAAGAGGCUGCAGUACAGCCGCGCCACCCUGGAGCGAUACCGUGUUCUGAGGGAACAGAGAUUUAAGUCCAUUCAGCAGGAGGAGCAAGGGGGAACUACAGAUUUGUUGGAACAGCUGGAGAAAGAGAUGAAGGGGGAGAAGGAGAAAGAGGAAGAUGAUCAGGAGAGAGGAGAAGAGGGGACUUCCAGCACCCAAAGAAGAACCAGAGAAGAAGAAGACACAUCAGAGGAGGAGGGAAUGGAGCUGAGCGAGCUUGAGGAGAAGCUCCGUAGGGAGAAGGAGAUCAGACUGUUGUUUGAGCAAGACUCCCUGCUGGAGCAGAUGGAGAGUUCAGUGUGUCAGUUUGACGCAAAGCUCAUGCUGCUGCGUCACCAGAAGCUACGUCUGGACUGGCAGCUGAAGAUGGCCGACCUCCGUCAGCUGACGCUCUACCAGGAGCUGCUGCUGCUCAAGGAGUUUGACAGGAGGGAGGACAGCCUGCAGGAGAAGCUCAACGCACGUGUGAAGGAGGAGAACAGCAUUGUGUCAGAGCUGGAGGAAUGUAAGGAACAGCUGGAACUGAAGCAGAGAGACAUAGUCAAGCUGCAGGAGAGAGAGAAGGCCCUGAUCACGACCUUCCAGGCCUCGCUGGGCGAAGACAACAAGUUUGAAGAGUUUCUGACCAGAGUCUUCAAGAAGAAGGUCAAACGUGUCAAGAAGAAGGAGCAGACAGGAAGUGAAGAGGAAGAGGACAGCGAUGAAGACUCUGAUGAAGAUGAUGACUGGGAUGAUGAUGAUGAUGAUUUUGACAGCGGCACGGAGGAUGGAGGUGCUGCUCUGGAUGACAGCGUUUGCCCUCCAGGCUGUGAGCCAGAGUUGUUUGAGAAUACACUGCAGCUGCGUGAGCGUCGACUGGACCUGGAGGAACUGCUGGUGGAGGAGAAGAAGAGUGCUGAAGUUCUGAAGAAGGAGUGUGACACCCUCACCAAGAAGGAGAAAGCGGUGAAGAGCGGUCGGAAGGCAGUAGAGGACGACUUGGAGUUGGUCAACAGAGAGAAGCAAAAGAAAAUGAAUGAACUGGAUGUGGUGGUUCCUCUCAGACUGCACCAGAUUGAGUUUGUUUUUAACGGCUCAGUGCCAUCCGAUCUGAGCUCGGCGUUGGUGGUGGACAGGACGGAGUUGAGCAGGCUGCAGGAGCGAAUCAAACAGCUGCAGGUGGAGAAGAGCCAGCAGAGAGAUCUGUACACCCAGGCCCGCCAGCAGCACGUCAGGCUCAUCCACGACCGCAGGGACAUGGACACUAAGAUACAGGUGCUGGAGAAGCAGUGCGACGAGCUGAUGAUGAUGAAGUAUGGGAGACUGCUGGAUCUGGAGGCUCUGCAGACGCUGUCAGGGAACAGGGUGCUGGAGGAGCUCAAGCAGGAAAAGCUCAUUAAAGAAGCCGCAUACGCCAAGGAAAUCAAACAGUGGGAUGCGAAGGUAGAAGAGGCGCGUCAGAAUCUGAUGGAGGCGACCAAGACUAACACAGAACGUCUCCUCAGCAUGUCAAACCUCUUAGACCACAAGAGGGACCUGGAGCGUAAACUCAAUGCCAGGCAGAAAAAAGUGGGCAGGCCGUUCCAGGAUUACAGGAGACAUGUGGAUCAGGAGGAGAUCCACAAACUAAAGAUCCUGGUGAAAACACAGUCGCAGCAGGCUGAGGUCCUCAGGAGAGAGAUUGGCCACCUGUCCCGUAAAGGAGGCCACGUCUUGCCCCCCGGCCAGGCCCCGCUGCCCCCGCUCCCCCCCUUGCCCACCUCCACAGCCCGCACAAAAAUCGGCAAACAAGGAUCGGGACGUCCUUCCCACCUGCUAACCAAAGUGCAAAACUCACAGAAUAGACAGGGAGCUAUUUAA